CAGAAGAAGCCAAUUGCACAGAAUGCACUGACUAUUUUUGGACUGAAAAAAAUCCGGUGACAGCUAUCAUAAAGUUCGAUAAUUUAGAAAUAAAAGGUAGAUUCUCUCUGUAUGAUAACAUGAAAGAUAGUGGAACUCAGAUAUCCGGAUCUUUUGUUCGAGGAAUGAAAUUGAACAAACCUUAUCUAUACAAAUUCAUCACUCAUAUAUACUCUACUUGCGAUAAUGUUCAUAAAAAUGAAUUUUUUGCGUUUGAUGUGAGCCAUAGUUUCUUGCCUAGAAAGGUUAAAACUAUUAGAAGUAACAAGUUUGGAUCGUUCAAGACCACAUCAAAUAGUUGGUACUGGGGACAUAAUAUUCCUACUGUAGUUCUAGCAUAUCAGAAAUCAUCUCUUAAUUCUAAGACUUGGAAAUUUAAAGGGUGCGCAGAAUUGAUUAUGAAAGAUAAGGAAAGCAUUAAAAAACCUAAAAAUCAAUUAAACCCUUUGGAAAAUAAUGACACAUUUCAAAGUACCUUCGAUAAUAAUACCAACACAAUAACAAGAGACGAAGUUUUAAGUUCUUCGAAAGAGCUUCAAGAUGAAGUUCUUUUUAAUUCAUCUAAAACUGAUAAAAAGUAUUACGUUGAUAUAGAAAUAACGGAUGACUUUAAAAUAUAA